AUGUAUAUAUCUGGUGUAAUGCGCAGUGUAGUUCGUAGCAUGUUGUAUGGUGUGGUGUGUGGUGGGAUGGAUUGUGUAGUGCACAGUGAGAUGGGUGGUGUGAUGCAGGGUGGUGGUGCGAUGUAUAUGUCUGGUGUGAUGCACAGUGUGGUUCGCAGCGUGUUGUAUGGUGUGGUGUGCGGUGGGAUAGAUGAUGUAGUGCACAGUGGGAUGAGUGAUGUGGUGCAUGGUGGUGGUGCGAUGUAUAUGUCUGGUGUGAUGUGCAGUGUGGUUCACGGUGUGUUGUAUAGUGUAGUGCAUGGUGGAAUGGAUGAUGUGGUGAUGUGUGGUGCACAGUGUGUAUGGUGUGAUGUGUGGUGGGAUGGGUGGUGUAGUGCGCGGCGUGAUGUGUGGUGUGGUGUACA